AUGGGGCUCUUCGCCGCUGCCCUCGAUAGAAUAUGCGAACAAUGCUCGACGCAGUCAAUCUACGUGCUCGCUGGACUCGGGUUUGCCACCGUGAUUGUCUUGAGUGUUAUAAUCAAUGUGUUGUCGCAGUUACUGUUCAAGAAUCCAAAUGAGCCUCCUGUUGUGUUUCACUGGUUCCCAUUCAUAGGAAACACGAUCAGCUAUGGCAUGGACCCGUACAAGUUCUUUUUCGACUGUCGCAACAAGUAUGGCGACAUUUUUACAUUCAUUUUGCUGGGUAAGAAGACCACAGUCUUCUUGGGAACCAAAGGCAACGACUUCAUCUUGAACGCGAAAUUGCGCAAUGUGUGCGCGGAAGAAGUGUACUCUCCCCUGACAACACCUGUAUUUGGCAAGCAUGUGGUGUACGAUUGCCCCAAUUCGAAGCUUAUGGAACAGAAGAAGUUUGUCAAAUUCGGCUUGACCUCGGAAGCGCUCCGUUCUUAUGUCGAAUUGAUCACGAAGGAAGUCAAUGAGUAUGUUGCGAACGCAGAUGCUUUCAAACAACCUCGCGGAACCUUUGAUGUCGGCAAAAUCAUGGCAGAAAUCACGAUUUACACUGCUUCCCGCUCACUGCAAGGCAAGGAGGUGCGAGACAAGUUCGACUCGACAUUUGCUGAAUUGUAUCACGAUCUCGAUAUGGGUUUCGCCCCUAUCAAUUUCAUGCUUCCCUGGGCCCCUCUCCCCCACAACCGCAAACGUGACGCCGCCCAGAAGAAAAUGGCAGAGACGUACAUGGAAAUCAUUCGAAAGCGCCGUCAGGCUGGAGGACAGAAGGAUUCUGAGGACAUGGUUUGGAACUUAAUGUCUUGUGCCUACAAGGAUGGAACUCCGGUCCCUGAUAUUGAGGUUGCCCAUAUGAUGAUUGCUCUCUUGAUGGCUGGUCAACACUCUUCGUCUUCCACCAUCUCUUGGAUCGUUCUUCGACUGGCCUCGCAACCAAAGAUCACCGAACAGCUGUACCAGGAACAGAUCAGGGUUCUAGGAGCUGAUCUUCCCCCACUUACCCACGAGAACUUGCAAAAGCUUGAACUUCAAGCCAACGUUAUCAAGGAGACUCUUCGCUUACAUGCUCCCAUUCAUUCUAUUCUCCGUGCUGUCAAGAGUCCUCUUCCGGUUGAAGGUACCCCCUAUGUCAUUCCAACCUCCCACAACGUUCUCUCCUCCCCUGGAGUCACUGCCCGAUCCCCUGAGCACUUCUCCGAGCCUUUGGAAUGGGACCCUCACCGAUGGGAUGGUGUCAAGGCCACCGAAGAUGACGAGCAGGUCGAUUAUGGUUAUGGUCUCAUCAGCAAAGGUGCUGGAAGCCCCUACCUGCCUUUUGGAGCCGGACGUCACCGUUGCAUCGGUGAACAAUUUGCAUAUGUUCAACUGGGUGCCAUCUGUGCUACAUUGGUCAGACUGCUCAAGUUCAAGAAUCUGCCAGGUGUGGAAGGCAUUCCGGCCACUGAUUAUUCUUCUUUGUUCUCACGGCCCUGGGCGAACUCGGUCGUUGAAUAUGAGAGAAGGGACGCGACUACAAAGGCUUAA